AUGACCCCGAUGCUCAGAAUGCUGUUGUGCCUUGGAAUCCUCCAAAAACCCACCAUCUGGGCUGAGCCAGGCCUUGUGAUUGCUCAACAUAUGCCUGUGAUUAUUUGGUGUCAGGGAUCCUGGGAGGCCCAGGAGUACUAUAUGCAUAAAGAGGGAAGCAUAGAUCCUUGGGACAGACAGUUCCCUCUGGAACAGAAGAACAAGGCUAAGUUCCACAUUGAUGAAAUGUCAAAGGAUUUUGCAGGGAUAUACAAGUGUUACUAUAAGAGUCCUGCUGGCUUGUCAGAGCACAGUGACACCCUUGUGCUGGUACUAACGGGAGCCUAUGAUGAACCAAGCCUGUAUGUUUGGCCCAGCCCUGCUGUAACUUCAGGAGAGUGCAUAACCAUGCAGUGUAUCUCAUCACUGGGAUUUGACAGAUUCAUUCUGAUCCAGGAAGGAAAACAUAACCUCUCAUUGACCCUGGACUCACAGCAACUAACCAACAUGCUAUUUCAGGCUCAUUUUGUUCUGGGCUCUGUGACUGCUAACCACAAUGGGACAUUCAGAUGCUAUGGCUGUUUUAUGAAUAAUACUCAGAUGUGGUCAAUAUCAAGUAAUACCAUUGAUAUUCAAGUCUCAGAACCCAAGGACCAGUUUUCCAACCCCACUGAGAAUGAAUCCUCAGAAUUACAGCACGACGGUCACACAAUUGCAAACCUCAUCCAGAUGGUUGUGGCUGCCUUGGCUCUAGUGACUCUAGUGAUUCUUCUGUUAGAGGCUUGGCACAGCAAGAGAGUUGAAAAACAUGUAACCAGGAGAUAA